AUGCGUCAUCAUGUUGUAGAAUUCACCCCGGAACCAACCCUGGCAGCCGAAAGUGGAGUCCUAGGACUGUGUAGUCCCUCCUUUGUUCCCGCAACUCCUACUGGAGAUUCAUUGAAGAACUAUAGCUGUGUUGCAAACCCGCUGAGACAACUCCCCCACAACGACAUCGUGUUCGAAUGGAUGACAGAGUGUUGUCAGCCCGCUUCCAAGGAGCUGAAGGAUCGCCUAACGCACGCUCCCAUUCUCUCCCAUUAUGACCCAACGAAACCAGCGGGGCUGGAGACCGACAAAGGCCGUCGUUGCUGGUCCAAAAGAGCAUGGGAAAUCAAGUCCACAAAACAGAGAGAGAAGAUGACUGCACUCCAUGCAAUCGAGGUGCUUGCUCGAGUUGACGACAAGUCCAAAAUUAGUUUUACAUAUCAACGUGCACGAAGCGAUUCAGCUGAAAAGGCAAUCGUCACAUUCAGCGCGCAGCUUAUGCUGAUUCUGCUCCGCAUAGAGGAAUGUCUAGAAACUGAGAUAUGCCCCAAAAAUAUCUGCGGACCCUCUGUCCCUAGCGGACAAUCUUGGCACGCUGGCGGAACCGAACCGAAAGAGCCCGAGCAUUUAACUGUCGACUUUAAAGACGCUGCCGGGCAAUGA